AUUAAGAUUAAAAUAUAUUUUCCGGAUAUUCUUAUUCCUUACACUCUAAUUUCAAGUUUAGGGCAAACGGAACAAAGGGUAAAGGUAAACAUAGCAAUGGCAAAGCUUUCAAGAAGAUUUUCUCAUCUUGGAGCUCAACCUUAUCAUCGCUCCGCUCUCAAAUGCAGGCCAAGCAAAGACGAUCCACGCAAGAGCCAGAGCUUCCGACGAAUCCACUCUCUUGGUCGCCAGCAGCCUUGUUACAAUGUACUCCAAGUGUGGAAGCACCGCAAACGCAACCAGGGUCUUUGAUUCCAUGCCCCUCACACGCUGCCUCCUGGAACGCUUUGAUCCUGUGCUACGCUGACAAUGGCCAAGAGAUCUUGGCGCUCGAGACGCUAACGGAGAUGCUGCUAGAAAAUCAAACUCGAGCUCCACCGUAUGCCGUGACCUUUGCUGCAGCGAUCAAACCUGGCGAGCAAAGAAACAUCCAUAGUGAGCUUCUUACAAAUAUCGAGGCUUUGAAGAAAACUAUGAGAGUUCACUCUCGAGCUGUAAGGAUGGGAUUUGAGCAGGACAUUCGUGGAUGUCUACGCAAAGUGUGGGAGUUUGCUGGAUUCUCGCAGAGUUUUCGAUAGGAUGGUUCGUCACGACGUCGUCGCUUGGACCUCGCUCCUUCUCGGGCAUGGACGCUGCUAGAUGCUUGCCAAACUCGUGGAUUUUUGUUGCAGUGAUCAAAGCUUGCACGAACUUGGCCGUGAAAGAGGAUGGGAAGAAGGCGGUGAUGCUGCUUAAGGGGAGAGACUUACACUUGCAAGCUGAGAAGCUCGGAUUUGGAAGGGAUGAUUUCGUAACGGCCAGUCUGGUGAACUACGCAAAGUGUGGACGGACGGAGCAGGCUCGAGAGGUUUUCGACAGGAUAAAGCAGCCAGAUGUGGUGUCAUGGAACGCUCUGAUCUUGGGAUAUGCUGAGAAUGGCCAGGGAGAGGUGGCUUACGAGCUUUUCCAGAGGUUUCUUCAACGACACAGAGAUGGAUAUAGUUGGACCGCUCCCGAUGGAGUGACGUUUGCUGCUGCUUUGAACACUUGCGGCGGCAUGGCAGCGAUGGAAGAGGCCAAACUCGGGACUGGAGAGCUGUUCAAAACUCUCGACAAAGUCAUGGCUCUUCACGUUCAAGCCGAGAAGAGCUUGUCGGGCGAUAAGUUUUGCAGGAGUGUCGGGAACAGUCUCAUGGGUUUGUAUGCCAGGUGUGGAAGGAGUUUUCGACAGGAUGCCCUGCCACUCCCAUUCAAACUGGACGAGUUUGAUUUCGAUAUAAGCCAAGUACGAAGAGCCGGAGCUUGCUCUUGAGCUCUUCGAGCAGUUGCAAGCUCACGACGAGCUUAUCAAUGCCCGAGCUAUCCUUGCCGGACUAAAAGCCGUCGCUGCUGUUGCGGAACGAGAACGAAGUGGAUGGAAAACAAUUGAAGCUGGCUUCCUUGAUCAUCACCUUGGAGAUCCACUAUCGAGUCAUCAGCCGUGGCUGCGAUUCCGAUAGCUACAUCGCAUGCAGCCUCAUAACUCUCUACGCAGAGUGUGGAAGUCUUGUGGCGGCUACCAAAGUUUUCGAGGAGAUGGCGGAGCCGCUGGAUGCUGCGUCGUGGAACGCAGUGAUUUUGGGAUGUGCCGAGAACGAACAAGGCGACUUGGCACUGGAAUACUUCGCAAGGAUGCAAGCUACAGCUUCCUGCAAGCUGGACGCCAUUACUUUCUGUGCUGCUCUCGAGGAGUGCAGUGUUUUAGCCGGGA